AUGGAGAAGGUUGCUCGUAUCACGGGCAUACGCGCAACAGAUGUCAUUCUUGUCGGUGGUUUCGGAGCCUCGCCAUACCUCAAGCAAGAAUUGGAGGAAAUUUGCACCGAUUUCGAUAGUACUCUGCGACGCCCGGACGAGACAAAAUCGGUGACAGCAGUAGUGCAAGGGGCUGUUGUGUACGGUAUCGAAAAGUUACGCCACAAAGAAGUCAUUCGUGUCGUAGAGGUUCUGGACAGUUUCGGCGUUCGCCACCUCGAAGGACCUAUAGAGUGGAUCAUCAAAAAAGGCGACAUAGUCCUCUCAGGCCAGAAACGCGUUGUUGAGAGCCGACCAUUCUGGUAUAACGCUGGAGCCAACAGUCGAGGAAGACAGCAAUAUAGCGUUUACCGGUACUUUGAUAGGAAGCGACCUUUGCGCUCCCUUCCCGAUAAAUGGGCGACUUCGUACAAGGAGAUGAUUGAAGUGGGCGUGAUCACGACCGGUCCUGGCAACGACCUAGGACGUUUUAGUAGUAGGUCUCAUCAAGAACGACCCUCACGCGCAGCUGAUGAACUGCAUUUCGAAGGUAUGGGGCCCAAGGUCGGUCCUGUCAAAUGGCGCUUCACUCUAGACGGUGUGUCGCUCAAGGUCGAGCUGUUCGUGCGCGAGACUGUGGUUGGAAGUUGUAAUAUCACGGUUGAGUUGUCCAAUUCAAAACCAGCAGGAGAUUCCGGACAGGGGUACAAGUAG